AUGGAAGGUAGUCCAUUGUUACUUUGUGAUGAGGAAUUGAUGAUUUCAAGUCCUUCAUCUUCUUCUCCUGUGUUAUUUGGAUGUAUCAACUCUGGUGAAGAUCAUAUCACUGAAGAGGAAGAACAAGAACAAGAACAAGAAGAUAUCAAGUUUGCUUUUCAGGAAUACAUGAGAAGAGAGCAUGUCUAUCAACCUCAUCUUUAUUAUCUAAAUCAUCUCCAAUCAAGCUCUCACUUAUCCACUUCCAGAUCCAAAUCAGUCAAAUGCAUUCUCCUGGUUUGUGGUAGACUUCAUGUAUCACUUAGAACUACAUUCAAUGCUGUGAAUUAUCUUGAUCGUUUCAUCUCCAUGAACUCUUCUUUGAAAUGGGAAACAUGGAUGAUAGAGUUACUAACUAUUGCAUGUAUAUCAAUUGCUUCCAAAUUUGAUGAAGUUAUCAUCCCUUCUUUCCAUGAUUUCCAGAUUGAGGAAUUGGAGCACACAUUCAAGUCAAGCACAAUACAACAAAUGGAACUCUCACUACUCAAGGCUCUGAAUUGGAGGCUCUCAAGUGUGACAUCCUUCUCCUACAUUGAUCUACUAAUCCGGCACCGAGGAGCUUACCAAAUAUCAACCCAACUCCUCCUCCAUGCUCUCUUAGCAAUCCAAUGCAGCCUCAAAGCUUCAGAGAAUGAUCUUAUGUUGUUAUUCACUGAAGAACAAAGGGAACUUAUAAACAAGGGUUGCAAAAUCAUGCAAGAGUACAAUGCUAAUUCAUGGAUGAAGUUUAAUCAUGGCUGCCCACCAAGUCCAGUCACAGUCAUUCCCAUGCAGACCAUCAACAUUGACAUUAAUGGCUUCUUUAAAUCCUCCAAACCUUAA